GCGGCGACGGUGGCGGCGAGCGGCGUCAGAGCUUGAAGGGGGGGGCUGACGUCUUCUGGCGGGUGGCGGUGUUGGAGACGAGAGCUUGGUUAGCCGGUAUUGCUUCUGCCCCAGGAACCCGACGGAGAGUGAGGGAACGAGGGUCGCUUUCGGGGGCUGCUGCCUUCCACGUACGCGUCGUCGUGAGGAGCGCAGCCCGGACUCUCCUGCAACCCCUCCAGCUCCCUUUUCCGCACGCCUCGAGGCAGCGGCGGCAACCGAGACAGCGUCUCACCUUCCCCCACCCCUUCCCCUUGUCCCCCCGCCCGAGAGGGCCCGGUCUGCGCCCCACCCCCGUCCGUCCGCCCGCUACGCCGCCGCCAUGUCGGCGCAGGCCCAGAUGCGCGCGAUGCUGGACCAGUUGAUGGGCACCUCCCGGGACGGAGAUACUACUCGUCAACGAAUCAAAUUCAGUGAUGACAGAGUAUGCAAGAGUCACCUUCUGAAUUGUUGCCCCCAUGAUGUCCUGUCUGGAACUAGAAUGGAUCUUGGAGAAUGUCUGAAAGUCCAUGACCUGGCUUUAAGAGCAGAUUAUGAAAUUGCAUCCAAAGAACAAGAUUUUUUCUUUGAACUCGAUGCUAUGGAUCAUCUGCAGUCAUUCAUUGCAGAUUGUGAUCGAAGAACAGAAGUGGCUAAGAAAAGAUUAGCAGAAACUCAGGAAGAGAUUAGUGCUGAAGUUGCAGCAAAGGCAGAACGUGUUCAUGAGUUAAAUGAAGAAAUCGGUAAAUUGUUGGCUAAGGUGGAACAGCUAGGAGCUGAAGGGAAUGUGGAGGAAUCCCAGAAAGUAAUGGAUGAAGUAGAGAAAGCACGGGCAAAGAAAAGAGAAGCAGAGGAAGUUUAUCGGAAUUCUAUGCCAGCUUCCAGUUUCCAGCAGCAGAAACUUCGAGUCUGUGAAGUUUGCUCUGCCUAUUUAGGUCUUCAUGAUAAUGACAGACGACUGGCUGAUCAUUUUGGGGGUAAACUGCACCUGGGAUUUAUUGAAAUAAGAGAGAAGCUUGAAGAAUUAAAGAGAGUUGUAGCUGAGAAGCAGGAGAAAAGAAACCAGGAACGCCUGAAAAGAAGAGAAGAAAGGGAGAGAGAAGAAAGGGAGAAGCUGAGGAGGUCUCGAUCACAUAGCAAGAAUCCUAAAAGAUCCAGGUCCAGAGAGCAUCGCAGACAUAGGUCUCGCUCCAUGUCACGGGAACGGAAAAGGAGAACUCGAUCCAAAUCCCGGGAGAAACGCCAUCGCCACAGGUCCCGCUCCAGCAGCCGUAGUCGCAGCCGCAGCCACCAGAGAAGUGGGCACAGUUCUAGAGACAGGAGCAGAGAGCGAUCCAGGAGGAGAUCCUCAAAAGAGAGAUUCAGAGAACAAGACUUAGCAUCACGUGACAGAGACAGGAAUUCAAGAGACAGAUCACCUCGUGACAGAGAUCGAAAAGAUAAGAAGCGGUCCUAUGAGAGCGCUAAUGGCAGAUCAGAAGACAGGAGGAGCUCUGAAGAGCGCGAAGCAGGGGAGAUAUAAUUAGCUGUGUACAUAUCCUCAAUCCUUAAGCUUCCUCUGGAGUUACAUACUAUUGUUUAGUUUACAGCUGUUCAGGGUGACACAGUGAGCAGUUCCAGACACCGAUCCAGCUAGGCUAGGUGUAUAGCAUCUAACUUGAUCUGAACUUGUUUUCUUUGAUGAAGCCUAAAACUACAUCCAUAGUUUCUGGUGAACUUGUAAUACACUUCUGAAAGUACAGUUUUAUA